AUGUCGACUGCCGUCAUUCAUCUCGUGCGACAUGCUCAAGGCUUCCACAACCUCGGCCUCGAGUUCUCAGACCUGCUAGAUCCGCUGUUGACACCUCUUGGCGAAUCUCAAUGUGCCCAACUUCGAGAUGCACAUUUCCCACCAGAACGACAACAGUCAAUUAGUCUUGUUGCUGCGUCACCAAUGUCCCGGACAUUGCAGACCGCACAUGCGACCUUUGUCUCAGCACUAUCCAAUGGCAAGUGUCACCCUCAUAUUCUUGCUAUUCCCGAUGCUCAAGAAACAACCGACUGGCCUUGUGACACUGGGAGUGAUCUGCAUGUGUUGAAAGACCGUGCAGCAGAGCGCAGCUGGCCGGUCGAUCUUUCUCUCGUCUCUGAAGACUGGAAUGUGAAGACAAUCUCCAAUCGCUAUUCCCCCGCAGGCCCAGCUAUUCAACGGCGCGCUCGCGAUGCUCGAGCCCUUCUACGUGAAAAGGCUCGAGAAUUGGCCAAACAGGGUGAUGAGAAUGUUGAGAUUGUGCUUGUUGCUCAUGGCGCAUAUAUGCACUAUAUCUCGGACGACUGGGAGCACGCCGACAGAUUCUUGUCUACAGGCUGGGAAAACUGCGAACACCGGACGUAUACUUUUGAAAAGGACUUCAUGACAGACGAUGAUCCUGAGGCGUUUCUGACCGAGACCAUGGAUUCACGCAGGAGAAGGGGCAAGGAGCACCCAAUGUUCGACCACGAUCAACAGGUGAGCUUGUGCCAGGAGAUGAUGGUGGCCUGGGAAGGUCAAGGUUGCCAAAACCCAAUGAAGAUACCAAUCCCCUCCUCAUUGCAGCUGGGCAAUGCAGUCCCCUCGGGUAACUCAAAGAGCUUUGACCCAUAUGGGCAGGAUACCGCCCCUCAAGGAUCUAGCCAUCAGGAGACUGGUACCGAGAUUGAAGUAGAGGCCUAA